AGUAUUAAACAUUGAUUUGAUCCCCGCAGCACAGAUUGGAUUUUGCCGUGUUUUUCUGGGUUCGGCCACUUACGGUAUUGUUUGGUUUCAGCUGAGGUGUUUGUGGAUAAACAAGUGGGACAGUGACAGCACAAGCGCUGGAAAUCUGCGCCCCAUCCUGGCAGAAAAAUGAAGUGUGAUGAGUGCCAGUUCCUGAAUGGACAUGUUGUCUAUUAGGUAAGAUCCAAGCGUGGAGACGCUGCUUCAGACGCUGCCCUGCCUUAGACAAACAGGAUUUGACCCCUGGGGUCACGGACUCUCCACAGCCCGAGGAGACAAUUCUUCAGUGUUAUUAUCGGAAAUGGCUAAUAAUAGAUGACAAGAAAGCCAAAGCGUUCCUUUGGCGGAGUCAUCUUUUGUAGCAGCCGCAGCCAGAGAAGACAGCUGUUUUCGACUUUGAUGAAUCAUGAUCCCCAUUACCGAGCUGCGCUAUUUCGUGGACACGCAGCCUACGUAUCGCAUUUUAAAGCCGUGGUGGGAUGUGUUCACAGACUACAUAUCCGUGGUCAUGCUGAUGAUUGCCGUAUUCGGAGGCACACUUCAGGUCACGCAGGACAAGAUGAUCUGCCUACCCUGCAAAUGGGUAGUUAACAAUUCCUGUAGAAAGUAUUUCAACUCGACAAUUUCUGUACCUUUGACUUUAGAACCUGAAGGAAUACGAUACGAUCUCGAUCGUCACCAAUAUAACUAUGUCGAUGCCAUGUGCUAUGAAAACAACCUUCACUGGUUUGCUAAAUAUUUUCCAUACCUGGUGCUGCUUCACACGCUCGUCUUCCUCGCUUGCAGCAACUUUUGGUUCAAAUUUCCAUGGACGAGCUCUAAACUGGAACAUUUCGUCUCCAUACUUCUCAAAUGCUUCGACUCGCCGUGGACCACGCGAGCUCUGUCAGAAACGGUCGUGGAGGAAAGCGACUCUAAAGCUUUCGCGAAAAUCAAUGGCUCCUUCGAAAAGAAGACGUCGAACGUCAGCGAGGACUUGGAAGCGAGCGCUCCCAUGCUGUCCACAACCAGAUCUCGUAUCGAACAGGGAAUUGUGGAUCACUCCGAGACCGGCGUACUGGACAAAAAGGAAGGUGAGCAGGCCAAGGCGUUGUUCGAGAAGGUAAAGAAGUUUCGAACUCACGUCGAAGAGGGAGACAUAGUCUACAGACUGUACAUUCGACAAACUAUCAUCAAAGUUGUGAAGUUUAUCCUCAUCAUUUGCUACACGGGUUACUAUGUUCACAAAAUUAAGUUUAAUGUCGACUGCAGUGUGGAUAUCAAAAACCUCACAGGUUACGGGUUGUACAAAUGUGCGCAUCCCUUGGCCACUCUUUUUAAAAUCUUAGCGUGCUUCUAUAUCAGUCUGGUGGUCGUGUACGGGAUGAUCUGCAUGUAUACCCUCAUUUGGAUGCUGCGACGUUCCCUCAAGAAGUACUCGUUCGAAUCCAUCCGAGAGGAAAGCCGUUACAGCGACAUCCCGGACGUGAAAAAUGACUUUGCCUUCAUGCUGCACAUGAUCGACCAAUACGAUCCGCUCUAUUCUAAACGAUUCGCCGUUUUCUUAUCGGAGGUGAGCGAGAACAAACUGCGCCAGGUGAAUCUCAACAACGAAUGGACUUUGGAAAAGCUCCGGCAGAGGAUUACCAAAAACUCUCAGGAGAAGUUAGAGCUCCACCUGUUUAUGCUCCACGGAAUCCCAGAAAUGGUCUUCGACCUGGUAGAGCUGGAAGUUCUGAAACUUGAGCUCAUUCCCGAUGUCACCAUCCCGCCAAUCGUCGCCCAGCUUUCCAACCUCAGGGAGAUGUGGCUCUACCAUACGCCGGCCAGAAUAGAGGCUCCGGCUCUUGCGUUUCUGAGAGAGCACCUGAAAUCGUUGCACAUUAAAUUCACAGACAUAAAAGAAAUACCUCUGUGGAUCUACAGCUUGAAGAACCUAAGCGAGCUGCAUCUUACUGGCAACCUUAGCGCUGAUAACAAUCGUUACAUUGUCAUCGAUGGCUUACGCGAGCUUAAGCGCCUCAAGGUUUUGCGACUGAAAAGUAACCUCACCAAGCUGCCCCAGGUGGUCACGGAUGUUGGAAUACAUCUCCAAAAGCUGUCCAUCAACAACGAAGGCACCAAGUUGAUGGUGCUUAACAGCUUGAAGAAAAUGGUGAACCUGACCGAGCUGGAGCUCAUCCGCUGCGAUUUGGAACGCAUACCGCAUUCCAUCUUCAGCCUGCACAACUUGCAAGAGAUUGAUCUUAAGGACAACAACCUGAAAACUAUUGAAGAGAUCAUUAGCUUUCAACAUCUCCAUCGACUUGUUUGUCUGAAGAUGUGGUAUAAUCAGAUUGCCUAUAUACCUUUUCAGAUAGGUACGUUGACCAACCUGGAGCGCCUGUAUUUGAAUCGCAACAAGAUCGAGAACAUACCGAAUCAACUCUUCUUCUGUCGGAAGCUGAGGUUCCUUGAUCUGAGCCAUAACAAUCUAACAAGUAUCCCAUCUGAUAUAGGGUGUCUCCAGAACCUUCAGUACUUUGCUGUAACUGCCAAUAGAAUUGAGUCUCUUCCCCCAGAGUUGUUUCAAUGUAAGAAACUUUGCACACUCAAUCUCGGAAACAAUUGCUUGUCGUCCCUGCCGUCUCGGUUUGGGGAGCUCACCAAUCUGACCCAGCUGGAGCUGAGGGGUAACCGACUGGAGGGUCUUCCUGUGGAACUCGGGGAGUGCAGACAGCUAAAGAGAAGCGGUCUAAUUGUAGAGGACAAUAUCUUCAACACGUUGCCUUCAGAAGUCAAAGAGCAACUUUGGAGACUUGAGAAAGAGGCUGCUUGAGAAAUCCGAUACUCAAAUUGUGUGCGUAGGUGAUUGUGCUUAGCCGAACAAUACAGUCGUGUGCACAGGUGUCGGCUACAUUUACGUAUUAGGAUGUUGUAUUUGACAUUUAUGUGAUGUCAUGUACAUUUACUUUUACGCAUUUGGCAGAUUCUUUUAUCCAAAACAACUUACUGUGCAUUAUAAGCUAUAUGUUUUAUCAGUAUUUGUGUUCCCUGGGUGACAUUUUGCACUGCUGACGCAAUGCUCAACAAAUUGAGCCACAGGAACAUAUUACGCGAUGUAGUGAUUGUGAAGGAACAUUGAGCAAUGCAGAUGUUGAUGGUAUUUUUGUUGAAAAUGAGCAGUGAGCAGACCAAAUAUUAGAGUUAAAUAAUGGUGCUGUUCGUUUUUGCCUUAAUUAAAUAACACAAUUUUAUUAUUGUAUUGUAAGCCUUUUCACUGCAUUUUAUACCAGUGACACAGCGUAUGUAGUAUGUGUGAAAAGCAUUCUGCGAUGAACUAUUCUUAAAUCCAUUUAUCCGUACUAUUUAAGACAUGUUUACUUGCAUAUUAUACUGAUAUCUGCUUUUGUAAGGUUGAUAUUAUUGGGCAAAGUGGUUCAAAAUUAUCCUCAUUGAUAUGUAGUGGAAAUACCUUUUGAAAACAAAGUUAAAAGUAGAUAACUGCCGUAUAAACAAACAAAAUAUAUCUUAUCAGUGCUGUACUUUUUUCAACACACCUAAUAUGUACAAUUCAAGGCAAAAAUCCUUAGUUUCAUUUUAUUUAUUUUUACAUUCUGACAUUCAUUAUUUACAAUGUUUCUAGUGGCAUCUUUAGUGAUUUCGCAACCAUGUCUUGUCCAAAAAAGUACAUUUUUGGAUAAAACUGGAGUUUUCUCCAAAAAGCUUGCAUGCACUUAGAGGAUUUUGCAGCUAAACACAGUCAAAUUUGUAGUUCACCCAAAAAUCUAAACCUGGAUGAGUUUCUUUAUUCUAUUAAACAUUUUGAUCUAUAAAUUCACUAAUAAAUAAUGGUAACACCACAGAAGUCAGUGGGUAUUGUCUACUGUGUGCUUACCAUCAUUUAUAAUGAAUAUCAAGAUAUAAAUGGUUGCAACGGAAUUUUCUAUUCCAUGUAUACCGGCGUGAUAUGUAAAUAAGGGGCGUGUCUGACUCAUAUCCAACGAUCCUGCAUGUAAGAUUAUGACUCAAAAUUAAGCAGAAAUUACGAGAACCCACAAACGAAUAUCGAGUAGAAGCGGGAGCUUUUUGUUAUCUAAAGCUGUGUGACUUCUGAAGUGUGCACAUGGGUUCUAUAUCAAACCUAAAUAUAUAAGUGUAUUGUGGUAUGUGUUGUUACUGUGAAAUAUAAUUACUCGUACCAUAAAGCGUUUUUGGUAAUGCAGCCCACCCCUACAUAAUUCAGUAUUCAGCGGCCUGUUCGCUCAGUAAUGUUUGUUUUCUGUAAUGUACAGUGUGUGUUAAAGGGAUAGGUCACCCAAAAAUAAAAAUUCUGUAUUUACUCACCCACCAUUAUAAAUUUAUUUUUUUCUGAUGAACGCAAGAAAAUACUUUGAGGAAUGUUUGUAUCCUAACUGAUCAUGAGCCCCAUUCACGUCCAUAAUAUUAUUUUUUCCUAAUAUGUCAAUGGGGCCUCCGAUCGGUUUGGUUACAAACAUUCCUCAAAAUAUCUUCACUUGUGUUUAUCAAAACAAAGUGAUGUAUACAAGUUUGUAACAACAUGAGAGUGAGUAAAUGAUGACAGAAUUUUCAUUUUUGGAUGAACUAUCUUUUUAAGUACAGUUGUGUGUUUUGUGAUUGGAUUUUAUGAGGUUUGCAUGUUGGCCGUUUAUAUUCAUUGAUGCAAAAAACACCAUUCAGGAUCUACACUGUAAAUUCAGAGUGUUACAGACAUAAUGUCAUUUUUUGUUUUUUGUAUUAAGCAUAAACUAGUUAGACAUCAAUAUAUUGCUCCCAGUGGCGUAGCAAGUCAGUCCCGGGCCCAUAUGCAAAAAAAAUUACGGGCCCCCUUAAGCCAAGCCCCCCCCCCCAUCCUUGCCCGUUGGCACUGUUAACUGUGGCGCGCAGGUCUGUUAACAACAUAUACUUUUAAUAAGGUAGUCAAAUAUUUUUACUUUACUUUUUUACUUUAGAGGGUAGAUUUAAAUAAAGAAAAACGAAAUGUUUUGGGUAGUUUUUGACUCGUGACUAACUUCUCCGCCUUCUCUAUUCUCUUUAAGGCCUCACUUUUAUGUUUAUAUUUGUCCAUCCUUAAUGUUCAUGUAGAUAGCCGCCAUAGUAACCUCUCACACUGUGUUUUCUUUUUUUUUGGCACGGCGAUGCGUCAAGUAAAAUAAUUAUGCCGUAGCAGCUGCGGAGUGCAAAAAAAUAAAUAAACGCAAACAAGAAAUGAUGGAGAAAUUAGACAUUAUGGAGAAAUAUGAAAUCACUACACAUGAUAUGCAUACAAAAAUAUAUUUAUUGCAGCCACAAAUAAAAAUAAAAUUUUUUAAAAAAAAUUUUAAAAGCUGGGGCGGGCCCAGGGCCGGGCCCCCUAUUGGCCCGGGCCCAUUUGCACGUGCAUACCCCGCAUACCCAGACGCUACGCCACUGAUUGCUCCUUACAAAACAGCACCUUAUUUUCAUAAGUCUGCUCACAUUGAAAUGCCUUGAAAAUGAUUUGCCCUUUAUUAAAAAAGUUAAUUAUCAGUUUCUAUUCAAAAGACAGGCAUGUAAACAUUGUAAAGGUAGGCCAGUACCCCCAGUUUUGCACUUACAGUAAUAUUUGUUGUUAAUUACUGUAGCUCAUUCUGAUGUCAUGUUAUUCUUAUGAGAAGGCACUGUAAGGAAGACAAUCAGAAGUAUUUAGUUAAGUAUUGUGUGUGGUUUAGUACAGUAUGUGAGAUAUUCCCAUUGAAUAAGAAGUGCAAUUUUUUUCUUUACUCAAGUACAUUUUUCAGGUAUCUAUACUUUAUGAGAGUUUUUUAGACAAACUUUUACUUUAUUAUUUUCUGAUGCAUAAUAUUGUACUUUUCACUCCACUACAUUUCAUAACCUUUAAUACUUAAGCACAUAAAAAAUGUAGCACUUUCUAAAAUAUCUUUAAGUAAACAUUUUAGUUGCGUUUCAAUUUGAGUCAAAUUUAGAAAGUAAGUAUUAGGCUAAAUGUAGUAAAAAUUUGCUUUAGAAUGUAGAGAAGUAAAAUAAAAACACACUGAUAAAGAUACUUCAAAAAUGUACUUUACACCUCUGCAUUGAAUUAUGAUUAUAAGUGACUUCUGGUAGAAUUAAUCUUACUAUUAUGUCUUGUGAUUUCAUGUCCUAUUCAAUUUGACAGUGUUACUAUUACUAGGUUAUUAAAUGUAGCUUAUUGCAUGUUGUUUACUGGUAUUACCUCAAGUAUAAAACAUUUUUGAGUCUUAUAGAAGAAAUCUUUUUUUCAUUUAUUUACAUUGGAAACUGAAGCUAAUACAUUUUCAGAACUUACAACAGUACUCAGGAAAGUUCAAAUUUGUACAUUUGCAGCUAAAACAAACUUUUCUUUAAUGUCAAGAGAUGCUGUUUCUUGAUUCCAGUGUUAGUUAACCAUCUGUUUGUAACCAUUUGUUAUUUUUACGGUUGACGACUUAUGGGUGUAGUUUUUGAUGUAAAAUAUUUUAUGUAAAGGAGUUAAAUUAAUUGAAUGUCACAACGUAUGAAGCCAUACUGAGUGAAUAAACACUCGUUUUCUUUAAGUGUUUCAAUAAAAUUAACUUUAAAGUU